AUAUUUGACAGGGCACUUCACUCAAUUGCAUUUCCAUUUCAGUAGAGAAAAUCUCCCAACAAAUUAAGUAGAAACAUUUUAUAGUAUUUAUUUUUCGGCGACUGUGGGCGUUUAUUUUUCAGAUAGCUUUGAUUGCUAAAAUCAGUUGUUAUAUUUGAUAUGUUAUCUGUCUUUAACUGUCAGCUGGUCAGGCCUCGCGUUACGAGAGGCCUCUUGGACUCCAUUUGGUCGAGAAACAGCUCCCAGGGUCGUUACCUGCCCCUCCUAUCAUGCCGGGACAGUUCGCUCGGGCUGUUUAAGCGCGCGACCACUUGUGACCCUUGCGGUAGCAGCAGCGGUGGCAAGUCGUCAGGCGCGGCCACUUAUGGUCCUUGCGGUGGCAAGUCGUCAGGCGCGACCACUUAUGACCCUUGCGGUGGCAGUAAUGGCGGCAAGUCAUCGGGAAACAGCAAACACCAGGUGUCGUACAAGCCGUAUGUGGCGCCCUGCUACAAAGACCAUGAUGCUAAGAACAUGGAGAUGAACAGGCCCAUGUCCCCGCAUCUGAUGGUGUACGGGCCCACGCUGCCGGCCAUGACCUCCAUAUUGCAACGUAUCACAGGCACCACCCUGACAUGCUACGCUCUGCUGCUAUCCGGGGGGACUCUGUUCCUCUCCAACGGCAUAGACACGUACGUGUCGAUGAUACAGAGCCUCGAUCUGUCGAGGUCAACGGUGUUCCUCCUCAAGAUUCUUCUGGGCUUGCCUUUCUGCUAUCACUACUUCUGCGGCAUCAGGUUUUGCGCGUGGAACGCUGGCAAGUGGCUGGACAUGAAAACCGUUUAUAGCUCCGCGUGGACAUCCAUGACCCUAGCUGCUGGCCUUUCUUUACUAUUUGCCUUGUUAUAAUAACAGCUUUGGUAUCUUUUCUUUUCGUACAAGCUUUGUUUAUUGGAGUUUUGAAUACUUUUAUUUUUAAUCUAUUACCUUUCCAAAUGUUAUUUUCUACAAAAUAUUGCAAUGAAAAAUCGAUCGAUUGAUGAUUAUCAUUUAGGCCUAUUUCUUGCAGCAUGUUUGCUGCAAGUGAACCUUUGUAUCCUUUUAAAAAUCGGUUAAACAGUACAACAGUCCGAAUAAAAUUGUCAACGAAAUAAAAAAAAACACUAGUAAAAUCAUUAUCAAUAUCAUUUGAAAAGUGAGUGAUAUUGAAAGUUUGAAAACCGGUUGUUGCACACACAUGUUAACAAAGCGUGCACUAUUAAUAAUUAAUAAUUAAUAUCGACUGAUGUUUGCAACCAAAAAAAUGGGAACAUUAUUGUUUAAUGGCAUUAAAUUAUUUACAUUUGUAGUGCGAGUGGGCGUGACUGGCGAACGGCAAAACUGUGAUAUUAAUGAUGCAAGCUAUUGUAUUUAUUUUGUAUCGUAAUCAAAUAUAUUAUGCUGUGCUCCGGGCCACGCAGAUAUUGAACUAAAAACAAAAUCAUCAUUUACAAAUGCAAGAUUCGAAAAUUCAAUACCUAAUUUUGUCUAAAUUAGUCUUCGUAUGUUAAUGUUGUACCUGCUUAUGCUUAGAUAAUGUAGAUGGAUGUAGCUCAUAGGUUGUGGAUUAUGAUAAUAAAUGUUAUUCACCUCGUAA